AUGACAAUUAGGGCAUUAAAAAUUUUAAAUAUUACGAGGUAGCUAUAUAUUAAUUAUUUAUAAAUCAAAUCAAAUAAAUACUUGAAGUUCUUGUUAAUUAACACCUAAAAAAAAAGAGAUUUCAAAUAAACAAAAGAGAGAUUUCAAAGUUCUAACUUAGAAGAUCACAAAUAUCUAACAGUUUACUUAUAUAACAGCGGAUUAGAUUCGAGUAACGUUUUGUCAUUAAGAGAUUCUUUGGUAAGUUGUCGAAAUCUGAAAGAAUUGACUCUAUAAUUAGGGGAAAAUUAAUUAAAAGACUAAGAUAUCUCUGAAUUGAGCUAAGUCUUUCCUACCUUGAAAAAUAUCUAAAAAUUAUCAAUUGAUAUUAGCUCCAAUAAAAUAGGUUUUAAAGGAUUAUCUGUAUUAAGUUCUAACUUAGCUAAAUGCAAUACUGUUAUAGAUUUCUCUCUUAUUCUGUACUAAAUAGAUAAAUAAUUUGCUGCGAUUAUUGGUACUAUCUUUUAGAAAUGGGAACAAAUUCAAACAAUUAAAAUUGAUAUGAAUUUUAACGAAAUUUAUGAUUAAGGAGCUCAUGAUCUAUGUUAAUAUAUGAAAAACUCCUAAAAUCUCUAAAAUUUACAUCUCGGCUUGAUCUAAAACUAAAUUUCCAGAAAAGGAGCUUAAGGAAUUGGAUUAGGGUUAGGAGGAUGUAAAUAUUUGGAAACAUUGAAUUUACAGCUUGGACAAAAUUCAAUACGAUGUGAAGGUUGCUUUGAAUUAUGUUGUGAAUUAGAAAAAUGUUCAUAGCUUAAAUUUUUAACUCUUUCUUUAUUUAAUAAUUAAAUUGGUAAUAAAGGUGCUUCUGAUAUAGGAGAAUCUUUAUGUAAAUUCUCAAGCCUCUAAACAUUAAAUCUUAAUAUUCAUUCAAAUCUAAUUAAAGAAGAAGGUGCAGCUAAUUUUGCUUCAAAUUUAUCUAAAACAAAAUUGUGUUUUAAAAAGCUAUCAAUAAAUAUUUCAUUGAAUUAAAUAGGAAUUAAUGGAGCUAAGCAAAUUUGCUCUAGCUUAGCUAAAAUUAAGCAAAUACAGAAUUUAGAACUUUAAAUUAACGGUAGUAAAGUUAAUUUUAAAGGAACAGAGGAUUUUGGAAUUGUUUUUUCAGAAUAUGAAGAAAUGUAAAAUCUAAAAUUAGAUCUACAUUAAAAUUAAAUCAAUGAUGAAGGCUUAUCUGAUAUAGGUUCUGGUUUAUAAAUGUGUAAAAAAUUGAUAAAUUUGACAAUAGGCCUUAACUUGAAUUAAAUUGGUUAAACUAAGAUAUCUUGCUUUUUCUCUAAUUUAUAAAAGCUUCCUUUACUUUAAUCACUAACAAUAUUUCUCUCAUCUAACCAUUUAGGAAAUGAAGGAGCUCAAAAAACAUGCUCUAGUUUAAUGAAUUUCACAAAUCUUAAAUAUCUAGUAUUAAAUUUGGGUUCAAACGGCAUAACCAAAGAAUUAGGCAUUAGAGUUGUAUAAAAGCUAAAAAAAAUAUCUAGAUUAGUUUAUUUAUAAAUUCGUUUAUGA